AAGUCUAACCUGAAAAAAGCUCUCCCUGUCAUUGCAUCAUCCUAGCUACUUACUCGUUUUCUAUUUCCUCUCUCUCUCUCUCUCUCUCUCUUCCUUUUCCCUUGUUCUCUUUUGGUUUGGUCAGUCAAAUUGAAAGACCAUGUCAUUUUUAUAUUGAAAUCUAACAAAAAUUUCCUUUUCCAUUAUUGGGUUUCAUUGUUUUAUCUCUUUUGGAUCAUUCUUUGCAGCUGGGUCUGAUUCUAGUUUUGUAUUAAUGGGGAUGUGCUUUAGUGCAAAAAGUGAAACAGAGAGUGAUUCUCAUUAUGGUAGGAAUGACAUGAACAAGUCAAGAAGCAAGGUCUCAUCUGCCACAGAUUCUUCAACUCUCCAUACCAAUGGUGAGAUUCUACAGUCGCCCAAUUUGGAGAUCUUUUGCUUUAAUGAACUUACAGAAGCCACAAGCUGGUUCAGUCAGAAUGCUAUAUUGGGUAAAGGUGAUUUUGGUACUGUCUUCAAAGGAUGGGUAGAUAAGCAUUCGUUAAAGACUGCUUCGCCUGAGGCUGGCAUGGCUAUUGCUGUAAAGAUGCUUAACCAAAAGGGUUGCCAAGGUCAACAAGAAUGGUUGGCAGAAAUCAAAUACCUGGGGCGACUAUAUCAUCCAAAUCUUGUGAAAUUGAUUGGUUACUGCUUGAAGGAUGACUACCGGCUUCUGGUCUAUGAGUUUAUGCCUAAUGGAAGCUUGGAUAAUUAUCUAUUUAGCAGGGAUUCUCAGAUUCAAGCACCAUCAUGGAAUCUCCUUAUGAAAGUUGCCCUUGGUGCUGCCAGGGGUCUAGCAUUUCUUCAUGACGAGGCUGAUGUAAUUUAUCGAGACUUUAAGACUUCUAAUAUUCUGCUUGAUGUCAAUUAUAAUGCCAAACUCUCGGAUUUUGGAUUGGCCAGAGAUGGGCCAACAGGCAGUAAAAGCCAUGUCUCUACAAGGAUCUUGGGUACCGAAGGGUAUGCAGCCCCUGAAUAUAUUAGAACAGUCACUCCAUUUCCUUUCCAAAUAGGCCAUCUUACUGCAAAAAGCGAUGUAUAUGGUUUCGGGAUUGUUCUUCUUGAAAUGAUCUCCGGCAGGCGAGCUAUAGAGAAAAACAAACCAUUUGAAGAACAAAAUUUAGGUAACUGGGCAAGGAGCUUCAGUGCACGCAAAUUCUCCCAAGUUCUGAAUCCUGCCGUUUCGGGCCAGUAUGCAACAAAUAACGUAAUAAAAUUAGGCCAUCUUGCAUUACAAUGUGUGUCACUGGAACCAAAGUGUAGGCCAAACAUGAAAGAUGUGGUAAGAAUUUUGGAAGAAGUUCAGGACCUCAAUGACAAAGAGGGAUGCAAAAGCUGUAAACAUAGCAAAUAUGGCAGGAGAAAAGUUAAAUGAAUCUUGCAAUGGAGAAGUUGUUCACUGUUUAAUGCCAUCUACAUCUCUUGUUUCUGCAUAGAAUAGGACAAAAGAAAAUGUAUAUUGAUACGGGAUGGACAAGCAGAUCACAAAAGCCUGGAAGACUUUUCUUUUCCAUCAACAGUUGUCGUUUGAAACUGUGCAAUUUUGUAAACGUCUGUGAAAUGAGAAGUAAAGAAAAUGUAUAAUUCUUAUUUCCGUAUUUGUUGCAACAUACACCAUAAUUGUUUUUUCUUUUCCUUUUGAUACAUCUGUAGUUGUAAUUUUUUAUCAUUGUUUAUCUGAAUAUAUAUUGAAAAGAAUAGUUAUCUUUUUAUGUUAA